CGCUGCUGCGGCUGCGGCUGCUUGGUGCUGGUUUUCAGGAAGCGGAAGCAGGAAUGCUGGAGUGUUUUUAGAGAAGUUUGGACAACUUCAGAGGAGUCUGGGAGCCGAGGCACGAACCGCGGAGGAGCAUGACGGUGUGUUACCUGUUGCUGAUGUUGCUGUAGAGUCGUCAGUCUUCUCUGACUGACUGACCCCAACCAGACACACAGACAGGUAGAUAUGGAGAGUGGAGCUCUGGAAAUGGACACCAGUCCUGCUCCAGAUCCUAGAGUGCAGUCAGACUGCAGCAUAGCCUGUCUGCGGCGUCGGGCCUGGGCCCAGAGCAGAGAUUCCAUCUGGCAAGAGUCGGAACAAGAGUGCCGUGGCCCCGAGGGGCCCCAACAGAGCGAGAGAGACGGGGACGCACAGAGACCCUCAGAAGAACCAGGGCCAGUUCCAAACAAAAUCACCAGCUGGCUGAUUGAGUGCAGGACUCCCCUUGGAGCCUCUCUAGAUGAUCAGAGUGCUUCUCCCAGCAGAGGAGCUUCGAGGAACGGCUGCAGCUUUGAAGAUGACCUUUCACUGGGAGCUGAAGCCAACCAUCUUCAGUCCAGUAACAAUAAAACAGAAUCCUGGUGA